UCCGUACCUCGGACCUGGAGCCGCCGUCGCGCGCCAUGGGCCUCCGCCUCUGCCCCUACCGCGCGGCCCUGCUCCCAGGUGGCCUCCUGUUCCUCCUGCUGCUCGCAGACCCGGCGCUCCCGGCCGGACGUCCCCCCCCGGUGGUGCUGGUGCCUGGUGAUUUGGGCAACCAGCUGGAGGCAAAGCUGGACAAGCCAACAGUCGUGCACUACCUCUGCUCCAAGAGGACGGACAGCUACUUCACACUCUGGCUGAACCUUGAACUGCUGCUGCCUGUCAUCAUUGACUGCUGGAUUGACAAUAUCAGGCUAGUCUACAACAGAACAUCCCGGGCCACCCAAUUUCCCGAUGGUGUGGAUGUGCGUGUCCCUGGCUUUGGGAAGACGUUCUCACUGGAGUUCCUGGACCCCAGCAAAAGCAGUGUGGGUUCCUAUUUCCACACCAUGGCGGAGAGCCUGGUGAGCUGGGGCUACACACGGGGUGAGGACAUCCGGGGAGCUCCCUACGACUGGCGCCGAGCCCCAAAUGAAAACGGGCCCUACUUCCUGGCCCUCCGGGAGAUGAUCGAGAAGAUGUACCAGCUGUAUGGGGGCCCCGUGGUGCUGGUUGCCCACAGUAUGGGCAACAUGUACACGCUCUACUUUCUGCAGCGGCAGCCGCAGGCCUGGAAGGACAAGUAUAUCCGUGCCUUCGUGGCACUGGGUGCGCCCUGGGGGGGCGUGGCCAAGACCCUGCGUGUCCUGGCCUCAGGAGACAACAACCGGAUCCCGGUCAUUGGGACCCUGAAGAUCCGGGAGCAACAGCGGUCUGCCGUCUCUACCAGCUGGCUGCUGCCCUACAACUAUACCUGGUCAUCUGAGAAGGUAUUUGUGCACACACCCACGACCAACUACACGCUGCGGGACUAUCGCCGGUUCUUCCAGGACAUUGGCUUCGAAGAUGGCUGGCUCAUGCGGCAGGAUACAGAGGGACUGGUUGAAGCCACAGUGCCGCCUGGUGUGCAGCUGCACUGCCUCUAUGGUACUGGUGUCCCCACACCAGACUCCUUCUACUAUGAGAGCUUCCCGGACCGUGAUCCUAAAAUCUGCUUUGGCGAUGGCGAUGGCACUGUGAACUUGCAGAGUGCCCUUCAGUGCCGGACCUGGCGCAGCCACCAGGAGCACCAAGUGUCGUUGCAGGAGCUGCCAGGCAGUGAGCACAUUGAGAUGCUGGCCAAUGCCACUACCCUGGCCUAUCUGAAACGCGUCCUCCUUGGGCCCUGAUUCCUGUGGCAGGCAGGGCUGGGGGAUGGCUCGGCCACAGCUGCUCUUUUGGCCUCCGGGGAUGCCAUGGCCCGUGAGUUUAGCAGUUUGUGACUGACUGUCCAAGGCUCUGGGUCUUGGGUUGUGAAACAUCUGCCAUGGGGAAGUGCUGUUUCUUAUCCUUCCUCUGUGGGAAUGAGGAAGGAAGAAAUAGUCUGGACUCACUUGAGGAACUCUUGAUGGAAAGAAUGCUGCUGAUGGUGGAAUUGUUGUGACCUCAGGACUGGCUCCAAGGGUGGUUGUCUGGCACCUGGCCCCAAUCCCUAACUCUGGGGCCAUGUGUUCCUCCUACCCCUGUGACCUUUUCACACUUGCCCACCAGGCCCUGGCCCUUCAGCCUUCCUGUGAAGGAUAUUACUGAGCUGUAGUCCCUACCCAGAAAGGUCCCAGGGAUGGGCUCCUGGACCCUAGGGUGACCCUUCCCACACACUGGCCACAGGUGGGCCUGCUUCUGGCCAUGAGUGGUUGGAGCUGCUGGCUUCCCUGUGGCCUAGCUGCUCAACAGCCUGACUGUGGCUUCCUGGGGACAGCCUGGUUCCCCCUGCAGGCAGGGGCGGGUUGUUGUGUUCUCCAUGGUUCCCAGGGCCUAGGGCAUUCACUCCUACUCCCCUCACCUCCGAGAGCAGCCUAGCUCAGGAUUGGGUAGCAGAUGGCCCCCGGUUCUGGGGACUGUGUCCCAGGAGCCCUGUGCCCCUUGGUUGGGCUGUUGGCCACAGUAUUGAUGCUGGCUCCCUUUGCCCUGGGACUGUGGCUUAAGGAUGAAGGCAGGGCCCAGUGCCAUGGCGUUUUAGGUACUCAUGAAGGAAGAGAACUCCAAGGAAGCAGCCAAGGCCACUCAGAGCUCCCCUCUUGCUAACCCCACCACCACAUUGCCACCCUGCCCUACGGUCCCUCUAGCACCCAAGUGGGGCACAGGACUGAGAGGAGGUAGGGCUCCUGCCCACCCUGUCCAGCACCUACCCCCACCAGGCAGCUCAGUGGUGUUUAUUCUGCAGAGACUAGCCCAGAAACUUGAGUGGGGCCCUGAGAGAGCCAGGUGCCUUGGGGCCCCCUUGGGGGUUUUCUGUCUGCCCCAGAGGUGCUGCAUGGAUCUCCCUGUGAUAGCGGGAUAUAGAGAAUCUGGAUCUGCCUUGGUAGCAGUGUUCUCCAAGUGGGCGAUGGCUACAGGCCAAGACUUGGGUCUAGCCUCUGGGGUGGGGUUCCAAAGCCACAGUCAGGCUGGACAGUGCUGCUCUCCCACAAGGUUUCUGUGGAGCUGAAUUUUCUGUUGCGUCCAUACCCAGCAUCUGUCUCUCCCUUUGUUCUUGAGGGGUGAGCCCUGCAUGGGGCUCUGAGCAGGCUGUACCUCGAUUCUGGCAAUAAAAGUAUUCUGG